GAAUUAAAUUGCAGCAGGUCCUCAACAGACAAGCUACAAAUAUCACACACAAAUCUCCCUUGCUCUCAGGCUCUACAUUAAGCAGCGGUACCUGAAUGCUCUCCAGAUAAGAGCAUAGUCGUUUGCAAUCAUGGUGUCCCUUCUAGUCGUUGUAUUCCUGAUUCAGCUCGCCUGCCACCUCAUCUCGACCAUCGGAUCCAAACCGUUCAACGAUUUACUAUGGCAAAUCUACUGCCGUCUCCCCAUAGGGCCCUCAAAUGACAUGAAAGAACAAGUCCGUUUACGUCGGGAAGUCGUGCGGUUAAAACGAGAAAUGAACGCGGUCAGCGCACAGGACGAGUUCACCAGGUGGGCAAAGAUCAGACGACAGCAUGACAAGGCCUUAGCAGAGCACGACAAGAAAGCGGCUUCCGUGUCCUCAUCCCGAUCAUCAUUCGACACCAAAGCAUCAGCCAUUCGCUGGACAUGUACGAGUGGACUACGACUGUUCUUGCAAUUCUGGCACGCAAAGACUCCUGUAUUUACAUACCCACGCGGCUGGUUCCCGUGGUAUGUCGAGUACGUCCUCGGGUUUCCCAGAUGUCCAUAUGGAGGUGUGAGCAUCAAUGUGUGGAGCAUGGCAUGCGGUACAGCCAUUGCGCUAAUGGGCGACGUGGUGAUCUACGCGAUGCAAUAUGUACAGGAAAUGAGAGGCAUUCCUCAGAAGGAGAAAAAAGCCAUGCCGAUGCCAGCACAGAAGACGCAGAGAGAGAAGACGCCCAUGCCAGUGCCAGCAGAGCUGGACUAAAUGAAGAUACACCACAAUAUGAUACAUAUUGCAA